UAUUUUAUUAUAUAAAAUAUUUACUAAAUUCGUUAGUAGAAGUGUUCUGUGUAAAUUAGAUAACCAACAAAAAUGUUAUUGACUUUUAACGAAUAAUAAUCUAAACUCAGUUUUUAAUCACAAUUUACCAUUAUGUUCAUAAUGGUUGAAGAUUAGCACAGAUUCUACAAUGGAUUUAAAGCUACUUGAGAAUUCUACUUCAAAAUCAAGCACGACAUUGUCUUACGUAGGAAAGAGUUUAAUAUAUACUACAGGUGGCCUAGCUCUUGGUGUUAGCGUAGUAUGUUUGCCCUUUAUUUCGCCUGCUUUUCGGAAAAUUUGCCUACCCUAUGUUCCAGCUACAACUGAACAGUUAAUAAAUGUCUCUAAGGCAUUGAAGGGUCAUACUGGAAAAUUAAUAGACAUUGGUUCAGGAGAUGGUAGAAUAGUCUUUUCAGCCUCCAGACUUGGAUUUAAAGCAGACGGGGUUGAAUUAAAUAGAGUGCUUGUCUAUUAUUCCCGUAUAGUAGCUCUAAUUAAUAAUCAGUAUAAAAAUACAAGAUUUUACAAGUGCAACUUAUGGACUUUUGAUUUAAAACCUUACAAUAACAUUGUAAUAUUUGGUGUGGACCAGAUGAUGCCUGACUUUGAAAAAAAAGUGAUUCAAGAAGUAGAUAAUGGAACUGUAGUGGUUGCAUGUAGAUUUCCAUUACCAAAUAUGGUGCCAAAAGAAAUAAUUGGACAAGGUGUUGAUACUGUUUGGAAGUAUGUAGUCAAUCGAUAAAGAUUUAUGUAAUUAAUAUUCAAUAAUAUAAAGUAGCUAAAUACAAAUAAUUCUAAAAACGA